AACGCCCACGGUGCUGCCUACCGCAGAGCUCGAACGAUGCGGUAGCAUCGAACGUCACUGUAACGCGACCAGCCUCGGCAAGCAGCGUUCUAGACUCCGCGCCUGGGUGGCGACGUAGGCAAGAAUGGCUUGGCUCUUCGGAAGCGGCGAGCAAGACCUGACGCGUGACAAGCUCACCGAGCCGAUCAGCGACAUCUCCGAAAAAUGGAAGCUGCUGCCUGCUUUCCUCAAGAUGAACGGCUUGGUGCGUCAUCACACGGACUCCUUCAACCACUUCAUCAACGUCGAGAUCAAGGAGAUCAUGCGCGCCAACGAGCGCGUCACAAGCGACGCGGACCCGGACUUCUACCUCAAGUACCUCGACAUCCGCGUGGGUGAGCCUAACAUCGAGGAGGGCUUCACGGUGGGUCGCCGUACGACGCCCCACGAGUGUCGACUGCGGGAUAUGACGUACUCUGCGCCGAUCGUGGUCGACGUCGAGUACACCCGUGGCCGGGAGCGCGUGCAGAGAGCGGACCUCCCCAUCGGCCGCAUGCCGAUCAUGCUGCGUAGCGCCAACUGCGUGCUGGCGAACAAGACGCACUUCGAGCUGUCUCAGCUGAAGGAGUGCCCGUACGACCCCGGCGGCUACUUCGUGGUGAACGGCAACGAGCGCGUCAUACUGAUGCAGGAGCAGCUCUCCAAGAACCGCAUGAUCGUCGAGGAGGACCGCAAGACCGGUGGAAUCAUGUGCCAGGUCACCAGUUCUACGCACGAGCGCAAAAGCCGCACCGUCGUCAGCGUCAAGCACGAUCGCUACCUCAUGAAGCACAACAGCUUCACGGAGGACAUUCCGGUGGUAAUCGUGUUCAAGGCCAUGGGCCUGGAGUGCGACCAGAUGAUCGUGCAGAUGAUUGGCACCUCCGACGUUGUCCAGGCAGCCAUAGCUCCAUCGCUUGAGGCCUGCCAUAGUGCCGAGGUGUUCACGCAGACACAAGCCCUUCAGUACCUCGGUAGCAAGCUCAAGCACAGGCGCAUGGUAUUCGCGGGAGGAGCAGGAGGUGGCGGUCCGCGCAAGUCCGCCGUCGACGACGCAAGGGAAGUCCUCGCUACCACGGUGCUGGCUCACGUUCCGGUGGAGGACUUCAACUUCCGCGUCAAGUGCUUCUACCUUGCCAUCAUGGUACGAAGUAUCAUCGACGCGCAGUCCAACAAGGAACUGCUCGACGACCGCGACUAUUACGGCAACAAGAGACUCGAGCUUGCCGGCUCCUUGCUGUCGCUCCUUUUUGAAGACUUGUUCAAGCGUUUCAAUUCGGAGCUCAAGCUCGCUGCUGACAAAUGUAUUCCUAAGGUUCGGGCAACGCAGUUCGACGUGCUCAAGUACAUCCGGCAGGAUUUGAUCACCCAGGGGCUGUCCAUGGCUAUUGCAACGGGUAACUGGACUCUCAAGCGGUUCAAGAUGGAACGCAUUGGCGUCACACAGGUGCUUACGAGGCUCUCCUACAUCUCGGCACUUGGCAUGAUGACGAGGGUCAACAGCCAGUUCGAGAAGACUCGAAAGGUGUCCGGUCCCCGGUCGCUUCAGCCGUCACAGUUUGGCAUGCUCUGCCCCAGUGACACCCCCGAAGGCGAGGCAUGUGGUCUUGUCAAGAACCUCGCACUCAUGACCCACAUCACCACCGACGUAGACGAGGCGUUCAUAGUGCGGCUACUGCGGAACCUCGGCGUUGAAGACCUGCGACUCCUCAAUGGUGAAGAGCUCUCUGAUCCGUCGGUGUACAUAGUCUUCCUCAACGGCAACGUACUGGGCGUCGUACAAGACCACGUGCGUCUUCUGAAAACGCUUCGCCUUCUUCGUCGAUCGGGCUACCUGUCGGAAUUUGUCUCUCUGCACACGAGUAACUUGAAGCGUUGCGUGUACGUCGCGGGCGACGGAGGUCGCAUGUGCCGGCCGUACAUCAUCGUCGAGAAGGGGCGCCCCAAGCUAACCAACGCUCACAUCGAAGACCUCACCAGGGGUUACCUGUUCUUUAACGACCUCAUUCGCAGGGGUAUCGUCGAGUUCCUGGACGUCAACGAGGAGAACGACAGCCACAUUGCGCUCCGUGAGCAGGACAUAACCUUGCAGACGACGCACCUCGAGAUUGAGGCUUACAGUCUGCUCGGAGUUUGCGCAGGCAUCAUCCCGUAUCCGCACCACAACCAGUCGCCGAGGAACACGUACCAGUGCGCAAUGGGCAAGCAGGCGAUGGGUACCAUUGGCCUCAACCAGCGCAACAGGUUCGACACACUGAUGUACCUCCUGGUUUACCCGCAUCGGCCAAUGGUCAAGACCAAGACCAUCGAGCUCAUCAACUUCGAAGAGCUGCCUGCCGGCCAGAACGCGGCCGUGGCUGUGGUGAGCUACAGUGGAUACGAUAUCGAGGACGCCAUCGUGAUGAACCGGUCGUCCAUUGACCGCGGCUUCGGACGGUGCCAGGUGUACAGGACGCAGAAGUGCGUCGUCAAGAAAUACGCUAACCAGACCAGCGACAAAAUAAUGGGGCCGCUCGUUGACACUUUGAAUAUGAUGCCGGUGUGGAAGCACCGGGCCCUCGACGCUGACGGUAUUGCGCACCCGGGUACCCGAGUCGAGAGCCGCCAGGUACUCGUGAACAAGUGGGUUCCCGUAACUAGCGCCACUGAGCCCGAACCUGGACAGCCAGCAAAAGUGGAAGAGAAAGAGAUUCCCGUAGUGUACAAGGGCCUGGAACCUGUGUACGUGGAGAAGGUGCUCAUCACAUCUAACACGGAGGAGUCGUUCCUGAUGAAGCUGCUGCUGCGGCAGACGCGUCGCCCCGAGAUCGGCGACAAAUUCAGUAGCCGACACGGCCAGAAAGGUGUGGUCGGCCUCAUUGCACAGCAGGAGGACUUGCCUUUCAAUGACCAAGGCAUCUGUCCCGACCUGAUCAUGAACCCGCACGGAUUCCCCUCCCGCAUGACGGUCGGCAAGCUCAUCGAACUGCUGGCGGGCAAGGCGGGUGUCCUCAAUGGGAAGUUCCACUACGGCACCGCCUUUGGAGGAUCGAAGGUGAAAGAUGUGGGUGAAGAGCUGAUCCAGCGUGGCUUCAACUACCUGGGCAAGGACUGCCUCACCUCUGGCAUCACAGGGGAGCUCCUGUCGGCGUACAUCUACAUGGGCCCCAUCUACUACCAGAAGCUGAAGCACAUGGUCAUGGACAAGGUGCACGCCCGAGCACGAGGUCCUCGGGCCGUGCUCACUCGGCAGCCCACCGAGGGUCGGUCACGCGAGGGCGGACUGCGACUGGGCGAGAUGGAGCGCGACUGCCUCAUUGGACACGGUGCCAGCAUGCUGCUACUAGAGCGGCUCAUGCUUUCCAGCGAUGCCUGCGAGGUAGACGUCUGCCAAACGUGUGGCCUCCUGGGCUACUCGAACUGGUGCCACUACUGCCGCUCAUCAAGUGCCAUCGCUACUCUGCGCGUUCCCUAUGCGUGCAAGCUGCUCUUCCAGGAGCUACUCUCCAUGAACAUCAUCCCGCGGCUGGAGCUCACAAGUCACAUCAGUAGUCGCAGCGUUGCAGCAGCCAAGCAUUGACGUAGCGUCAUCUGCGGCUGUCCAAGGUUGAACAGGCUGUUUGGGGCCGAUUUUCGUCUUGUGACCAGCAAGAUCAAGAUCGCUGUCACCGGCGUUCACUGCCAUGUUCACUGCCCCACGCAUGCUGUCACUGCUCCACGCACUGCUGU